AUGGAUUCGCCGGUACAGUCGAGUGCUAAGUGUGGCUCUGAUUUUAGUAUAGAGCGGAUUUUAAGUAGUGACAGCAAGCGAUCAGAGAAUGUGGAAGUUCCAGAUUGGUUGUGCUGCACCCGGUACAGACCACCUCGGUUACCACGUGCAGUGAGCAGUGUCGGUGGUCGCGCGAGACGGUCGGGCCGGCACGCUCGGGUGCCGUUCACGGCGGCGCAGGCGGCGGCCCUGGAGGCCGCGUAUGCGCGCGCUCCGUACCUAGCUCCCCCGGCCUUGCGUGCACUCGCCGCAGCCUUGCAGUUACGUGACGAUAGAAUAAAGAUUUGGUUCCAAAACCGACGUGCAAGGGAGCGAAGAGAGAAAUGUGGCAACAUCGCACCUCCGAUGUCUGUGACCCUUCCACCUACCACCUCAGCUCACGUCUCAAUUAUAACUCCAUGUUCCUGGACAUCAACUGACGCAUCCAGUAUUCCCUUCAAUAUAACUCUUGGACAAAACGACAGAGACAGAACACGGUUGUAUGAAAGAGACGCAAGUAAUUUAAGCAUUUCGUCCUGGAGCGUAUCAACAGACGAAGAAAAAACUGAUGAGCCAUUGGAUAUUGAAACUAUUGAAGACUAA